AAAGCCCAGAAGCUAUGAAUAGAAGCAAAACGGAGUGGGCUAGUGAACGAAACGGCGGGUACAACUAACGCUGUCUAGUCUUUUCCUUCACUUUAAAAGUUCUGAUAUCUUUUCAUGAUCGACUUUCACUUCCCUUUUUCACAGGUUUAUUUCUGCCAUUUCACCUCUGCCACUAGCAAACUCUCUCUCAAGGAAUCUCUGGGACUCUUCGCUUUUUAUUUUUUAUUAUUAUUUUCUUUAAGAGUUUUAUAUUCCAUUGAAUCCUUCACUUUCACGCUAUAAAUACUCUCUCCCUUCCUCUCUUCAUCUUCUCUCCAUCAGAGAUUCUUUUGUUGAUUCCGAUUAAGACUUGGUGACCAAGUGAAGGAGGACAAUGAACGCUCAACUUUUGGAGAUUGAGCCAAAGGAACUUAAAUUCAGAUUUAUAUUGAAGAAACAAUGCUCCUGCUCGGUUACACUUACAAAUAACACUAACCAACAUGUUGUUUUCAAGGUUAAAACCACGUCUCCUAAGAAAUACUGUGUGCGGCCUAAUGUUGGCAUUGUUAUGCCAAAAUCAACCUAUGAGUUUUCAGUUACCAUGCAAGCUCAGCGCGAAGCCCCGCCUGAUAUGGUAUGCAGAGAUAAGUUCUUGAUUCAAAGUACAGUUGUUCCAGCAGGAACAACUGACGAAAACAUUACAUCUGCCACAUUUGUCAAGGAUAGCGGAAGAUAUAUUGAAGAGAAUAAGCUUAAGGUUGCCCUUAUCAGCCCUCCGCAUUCACCAGUGUUAUCACCCCUUCCGAUGGUUGCGAAGGUUGAGGAGUCAAAGAUGAUAAAUGUUGAGGAUUUAAACCCAACAAAGGAUCUAGAUUGGAGGCCAAGGAAGGAUAUGUACUAUGAGGAGGAAUUAAAGCCGAAGAAGGAUGCAGAGCUGAAGCCAAGUAAGGAUAUGUUCUACGAGGAGGAAUUAAAGCCGAAGAAGGAAGCAGAGCUGAAGCCAAGUAAGGAUAUGUUCUAUGAGGAGACAUUAAAGCCGAUGAAGGAAGCAGAACUGAAACCAAGUAAGGAUAUGAUCUAUGAGGAGGAAUUAAAGCCGCAGAAGGAAGCAGAGCUGAAGCCAAGUAAGGAGAUGUUCUAUGAGGAGACAUUAAAGCCGACGAAGGAAUCUGGACUGAAACCAAUGAAAGUUGUUAUUGGUGAGGACUUGAAUUUAAUAAAAGAAACUGAUCUGAAGCCUAAGAAUGAUUCUUUCAAUAGCAAGGAGUUAAAGCCAGUGCAAGAUGUGGAAUCAAAGCCGAUGGAAGAUAUUCUCGAUACCGAGGAACUGAAGACAGUGAGGGAAAAGGAGUUCAAUGCAUUGAAGGAUGACGAGGUGAAAACAUUGAAGACCGUGGAGGAUCUAAAAUUUGCUAAAGAUGUGGAGGAAAUGAAAUUAAAAUUAAAUGACCUCGAGUUUAAGCUGGGGAAGGCUGAAGCAACCAUUUCAAAACUGACACAGGGGAGGAGCCUAAGCACUCACGAGAGAAAGGCCUUGCAGGAGGAACUGGCACUGUUGAGGAAAAAGAGUGAUGUGAAAAGAGUUGAAGUGGGAUUCCCUUUCCUAUUUGUGUGUAUGGUAGCACUGGUAAGUGUGUUUCUGGGAUACCAUACGCACCAUUGACAAGCAAUACUCUUUUCUA